AUGGCGCCAGGACUCGUCGAACCCCACUACCAAUCCACCGCUACAUCAAGAUCUCUCCCAACACCAAAGUCUAGCAACGCCCACAGCUACGUGCCUGGCCGUACCACUGUCAAGAAGCAUGCCGAACCGUACAAGUACGAAGACCUACGACCACACUUCCCCAACAUCACAUGGCCAGCCUACACUGAGAUACCCUACGCCGACAAAGGCCAACUAGGCGAUCCCAACUUCAAGAACCUCCUCGCAACCGCCACAGAUGUCUUCGAAUACAAUCCAAAGAUCGGUACUGAGAUACACGGCGUCGAUCUAGCAAACCUCACAGAUGCUCAGAAGAACGACCUGGCUCGACUGAUCGCCACGCGUGGGGUUGUGUUCUUCCGGAAUCAGAAAAACUUCAGCAUCGAUGAGCAAAGGGAGCUGGGAAAAUACUUCGGUGAGCUGCACAAGCAUGCCACAACUGGUGUGCCGAAGCGUGAGGGCUUGGAAGACGUUCAUGUCAUCUAUACCGGCGAGGAUAGCCCAGACCUAAGGGCUUUAUUCACACCAUCCUUCCUCUGGCACUCUGAUGUAACAUACGAACUUCAACCUCCCUCCUACACAUCCCUCAAAGUCCUCACCGGCCCACCCCGUGGCGGCGGCGGCGAUACCCUCUGGUCCUCCCAAUACGCAGCCUACGACAUGCUCUCACCCCACAUGCAAAAGUACCUCGAAUCGCUCACUGCUCUCCACUCCGCUGAGCUGCAAGCCCAAGGCUCACGCGACCUCGGCAGAACAGUACGUCGCGAACCCGUCACCACCGAACACCCACUCGUCCGGACGAAUCCUGUCACGGGCUGGAAGAGCAUUUUCUUCAACCCUGGCUUUGUAACCAAGAUUGUUGGUGUGCCCAAGACGGAGUCGGAUCAUAUCAUCAGUUUCUUGACUGAGAUUGUGGCGACGAGUCCCGAGGUUCAUGCUAGGUUUCAGUGGAACGAGGGGGAUGUUGCGAUUUGGGAUAACAGGGUUACGAAUCACUCCGCUACAUAUGGUUUUGCACCUCAUCGUCGUCACGCUGUCCGGGUAACUGUUCGUGCCGAGCGGCCGUACCUUGACCCAAACAGCUGGUCGCAGGAAGACGAGUUGAGUGAGAAGUAUGGAAUUCGCAAGGCAAACAAGGAUGGGAGUGGUGUUGUGAACUACAACGACUGA